GGUCCGUUCCUGUCCGCACAGACUGAGGGGAAUGGCUCUUGCCUUUCAGGCAGCUGAAAGUUCUUCCCAAUGCCCCCUAAAGACACCAGGGAUCAAAUGGACUUUUGGCGCACGACCGCCUGUUCUGCCACAGAACUGCAGCACCUCGCUCAGAACGACUGCGCUUGCCCACGCUUGAGACUGGAUUGUGGUUUUGGGGUUUUUUUUAGAAGAUGUGGCUUUUGUGUAAGGACCUUUCUGCUUUUUAUACUGCUAGAUUUUUGCAUUGCAAUGUUUAGAUGUCCUGGUAUUUUAAAAACAGGAUGCUUCAGAUUCCAUCCUAGAAAUCCUCGUUGCCUAAUUCCUACACAAACGUGGUACAAAGAUCAUGUUCUUGCCAACUAGGUCAAGGGUUUAAGACCCCGCCAUGGCCAGGGGACGGCAUUUCCUUGGCCCCCCUCAGUGUUACGCCAGAGGAAUUGGCAGCUGUACUCCUCCUUCCCACAGCGAUCCUGUUCCUAGGAAAGGCCCUGCGGCACCGGACACACAGCCGCGAGAAGGCAGCCCUCUGCUGAAGCAGGAGGGCCUCGUCCCUGUUGUGGGUGACACUCUAGGUGGAUGGAUUUAUUCUGAACAGUGUGUCCAGCCAGGUUCCCAAAGUUAAUGAUUUUCCAGAAGGUGGCUGUGAGCAGAUCCGAGAGCAAGAGGGAGAACUCCAGCAAAGCCCCAGCUCAGCAGAAACCCUGGCAAGGCAUCUGCGGCUGAAGUGCUCGGACAGCUGCUGGCUCCCAUUUCCCAGCACGCUGCCACCGCCCCUCCUUGCACAGUUAGAAGCGAGGCUCCCGUGCCUCUAAACUGGACUCUUAAGGCAGAACAGAUCUUCCUGCAGGAGACGCCGCCUCCUCCUCCUCGAAGGCCCAACUCUGAAGUCAUAAUGGCAGGAAAAGGCUACAACUCUUACCGGGUGGUGAUAUUCGCUGCCAUGUACAUUGGUUACACCUUGUACUAUUUCAACAGAAAAACGUUUUCCUUUGUGAUGCCUUCAGUCAUGGAAGAGAUAGACCUUGACAAAGACGACUUGGGGCUCAUCACCAGCAGCCAGUCUGCAGCCUAUGCCAUCAGCAAAUUCAUCAGCGGAAUCCUUUCGGACCAGAUGAGUGCCCGCUGGCUUUUCUCCUGCGGGCUCCUGUCUGUGGGCUUGGUAAACGUGGCCUUCUCCUGGAGCUCCACCGUCGGUGUCUUUGCAGGGCUCUGGUUCCUCAACGGGCUGGCCCAGGGCUUGGGCUGGCCCCCGUGUGGGAAGGUGCUGCGGAAGUGGUUUGAGCCCUCCCAGUUUGGGACGUGGUGGGCAGUCCUCUCCACCAGCAUGAACCUGGCUGGGGGGCUGGGCCCCAUCGUGGCUGCUCUGAUGGCGCUGAGCUAUGACUGGCGCACGACCCUGUCCCUCUCUGGCAUGCUGUGCGUGGCCGCCUCCUUCGUGUGCCUGCUCCUGAUUAAGAACGAGCCCUCGGAUGUGGGACUGCCCAGUGUUGAGCCAGGGCCCAAGAAAGGGAAAAGGGGCUCCUCGGCAGAUGACAGCACCUUGGCCGAGCUGCUGCUGUCCCCGUACCUGUGGGUCCUGUCGACUGGGUACCUGGUGGUCUUCGGAGUGAAGACGUGCUGCACCGACUGGGGGCAGCUGUUUCUCAUCCAGGAGAGAGGACAGUCGGCACUUGUCGGGAGCUCCUACAUGAGUGCCUUGGAAAUCGGGGGCCUGGUUGGAAGCGUUGCAGCAGGCUACCUGUCAGACCGAGCAGUGGCAAAGGUGGGUCUGUCCAGCCAUGGGAACCCCCGACACACGCUCCUCCUCUCCAUGAUGGCAGGCAUGUCUGCUUCCAUGUACCUCUUCCGGGCCACGGUCACAGCCAGCUCUCCCAAGGAAAGCAAUUCUUGGAUUCUAAUCCUCCAUCCUCUUGCACACCUUGUGGGCUUAACAGAACAUGAGCUGUGGAUCCUGCUGCUGGGAGCCGCAUUUGGGUUUUGCUCCUAUGGACCGAUUGCAUUGUUUGGAGUAAUAGCCAAUGAGAGUGCGCCAUCGAACCUCUGCGGAACGUCUCAUGCCAUAGUUGCACUAAUGGCAAAUGUUGGAGGAUUCCUGGCUGGGCUGCCUUUCAGCACCGUUGCCAAGCACUACAGCUGGGGAGAAGCCUUCUGGAUAGCAGAAAUGACCUGCACCGCCAGCACAGUGGCUUUUUUCCUCCUGAGGAAUAUCCGCACCAAGAUGGGCCGUGUGCCCAAGAAGGCUGACUGAAAUGCGCCGCUGGCUCGGGUGCGAGGAAGCCUCCUACAGCAGCCACCACACAUUGGAAGCGAGCAGGAACGGGGCAGAACCAAGUUCUUCCAGUGCGCUCUUGCCAGGGUGAACUCUUUGGCAAAAGCUUGGCAAGGUCUCACCACUGUCACUUUCCACUACUAGUUCUUGUUCCUAAUAUCAUAGGAAAUGCUACGGUUUGACUCUGAUGACCAAACCUUGCCUUGCUUCUCUGCCCGAGACAAGAUUUGGCAAUACUGAUGCACCAGCCACCUGCUGCUCUGGCAACUCAAGCAGCGUGCCCACGAGACUGGAGAGGGGACAGCAAGGGAGGCCUUUCUCCCUGGAGGGAGAGGGGGCUGCUUCCCACCUCUGUCGCCAGUAGACGUGAUUCGACACGCCCUUGCUAGACUCCUUCCCUUUCUGUGUGUCCCUCCUCCUCCUCCCUGCUGCAUUCUGCUGGCAGCAGUGUUGGGAGACUGCACACCAGUCCCACUAAGAUGUAAUGGGGCUGGAGCUGGUCAGGGAAGAGGGAAAGGCUUGGUUCUAGAAUGUCUGCAGCUUUGCCUCUAGAAGCGGGUUUCAUGCCUCGCUAGGCUUAUAAACUGCCUAAUGAAUACUUCUGGGGCUCAAUCAGGAACUGACACCCAGGAAAACAAAGAUAUUUGCACCACAGGCAUAGAUUUAACUCAAGGCACUACUGGCUCCACCCUCCAUAUCCUCUCAGUGAAGAAAUGCUCCACGCCGCAGCUGCCCUGGUCAAGAGUUCCCUCAGCAAUUCUGCAGCUGUGGAAUUCCAAACCACGAUGACCUAUCGUGAGGAGCCUACUUUGCGAGACUGAAAAUAGUCCACUAAGAUGUAUUCCUAAUCGUAAUCACUGUAGAGCACUGUUCACCGACAGAAAUAAAGGACAGUCCAGUAGAAUCCUA